GCAAGUGGUUGCUGUUGGUUUUCGCCCAGCAGCUUUUUUCCUCGUGCAUCUUUACGUGCGGGCAGGAGGCACCUUUUCAAAAAGGACUUUUGUCAGCUACCUUUGACUUAUUAGAGACAAAAGCUUCCAGGAGCUAUCAGAAAAUGGCAGGGAAAAAAGUAUUAAUAGUCUAUGCCCACCAAGAGCCCAAAUCUCUGAAUGGAUCCCUAAAAACAAUUGCGGUGGAAGAACUGACUAAGCAAGGCUGUAGUGUUACUGUUUCUGACCUCUACGAAAUGCAGUUUGAGCCUAGAUCAACAAGAAAGGACAUAAUUGGUGAUCUCUACAAUCCAGAGCAAUUUAAUUAUGGUGUUGAAGCUUGGGAAGCAUUCAAAAAUGGGUGCCUCUCUGAAGAUUUGAUUGAGGAGCAGAGGAAAGUGAGAGAAGCUGACUUGGUGAUUUUCCAGUUUCCUUUAUAUUGGUUCAGCAUGCCAGCAAUCAUGAAGGGCUGGCUGGACAGAGUCUUCGUUCAAGGAUUUGCUCACAAUUUCCCACAAUGUUAUGAGACUGGCUUACUCAAGAAUAAACUAGCCUUACUUUCAUUUACCACUGGAGGAGACGAAGGGAUAUAUUCAGAUGAAGGAGUCAGUGGCAAUAUCCGUUAUCUUCUGUGGCCCAUGCAGCAUGGGAUCAUGCACUUCUGUGGCUUGAGCAUCCUUGCCCCGCAUAUCUGCUUUGCACCUGAGUACGCAUCAGAGGAAGAGCGAGAGCAGAUGCUGACUUCUUGGGUAGAACGGCUGAAGACCAUCUGGGAGGAGGAACCGAUCAAGUGCACUGCGGAGUGGUACUAUAAGUAACGUGGCUGGAAAUGCUGGCAAUUCAAAUACCCUUCAGUUUUUAUUGGAUGGGUUCUUAACCCUUUUUCUGCUGCUCUCCCCUCAGCACACGACGGAAAAGCAAAAGGGGAUCAGAUCAGGUGACUGGGCUUGGGUAAAAGUCCCCACGUAAAUCAGCCGUGAGCCCCACCUCUCGCUCAUUCUUUUCUCUAGAAAAAAAUUAAAAACCUAUUUCCAUGACUUAGAGACAAAAUAAUGGAAAAAAAUAAAUUAUGACAAUAGAGGGAAAGAAGUGCAGAUUUACGGUUAGCAUUACACCAUAGGGGAUGCUUGCAUCUGACUAUAUGUUCCCUACAAUAUGCCAUGAGCUGAUUUGCCACUAAGUUGUGGCAGAAGGGGACCACA